AACGAAAAUCUCGCGAUGCUUGGGCGUUGCGGCGGUAGGAGGAGGACGGGGAAGGACGGAGCAGUACCACUGCUACCUCCCUCGCACACUCCCUCUUGUGCUCGCCCGCCCCCUCCCUCCCUCCCCUCCCUUCCCCAGCCCGGCCCCGGCUCCGGCCCAGGCCCAUUUGCUCUUCGGUCUUCUGCAGAGAGGAUGUCGGGCUCGUCGCUCCCCAGCGCGUUGGUCCUCUCGCUGUUGCUGGUCUCUGGUUCCCUCCUCCCAGGGCCUGGCGCCGCUCAGAACGAGCCAAGGAUUGUCACCAGUGAAGAGGUCAUUAUUCGAGACAGCCCUGCUCUCCCUGUCACCCUGCAGUGUAACCUCACCUCCAGCUCUCACAUCCUUACAUACAGCUACUGGACAAAGAAUGGGAUAGAACUGACUGCCACUCGUAAGAAUGCCAGCAACAUGGAAUACAGGAUCAAUAAGCCGAGAGCUGAAGAUUCAGGCGAAUACCACUGUGUAUAUCACUUUCACAGUGCUCCUAAAGCAAAUGCCACCAUUGAAGUGAAAGCUGCUCCUGAUAUCACUGGCCAUAAACGGAGUGAGAAUAAGAAUGAAGGGCAGGAUGCCAUGAUGUACUGCAAGUCAGUUGGCUAUCCCCAUCCAGAGUGGGUCUGGCGCAAGAAGGAGAAUGGUCUGCUGGUGGAGAUUGCCAAUAUAUCUGGCCGCUUCUUCAUCAUCAACAAGGAAAAUUACACUGAACUGAGCAUCAUGAACCUCCAGAUCACAGAGGACCCUGGCGAGUAUGAAUGUAAUGCCACCAACUCCAUUGGCUCUGCCUCUGUCGUCACCAUCCUCAGGGUACGCAGCCACCUGGCCCCACUCUGGCCUUUCUUGGGAAUCCUGGCUGAAAUCAUCAUCCUUGUGGUGAUCAUUGUUGUGUAUGAGAAGAGAAAGAGGCCAGAUGAAGUUCCUGAUGACGAUGAACCAGCUGGGCCGAUGAAAACGAACUCUACCAACAAUCACAAAGAUAAAAACUUGCGCCAGAGAAACACAAAUUAAGUACUACUUACAGUAUCUUUAGGUUCCUGAAACUGGUGGCAACAUGACCUGCUAAGUUUUCUGCUUGGACCUCUUUGGUUCCCUCCCCUUUAAGUGAGCAACACCACGACUGUCUAAAGCAUGCCUUAUUUAGCCUCUCCUGUAUAAUGGGUGACCUAGCAGGUACAUUUCAAACAAUGCUUCAGUGUAGAAGGUGUCAACUAUUUUGGGCUUGAUGUGCUGUGAAUGUUGCUUCCUUUUUCUUUAUUAAAAUAUUUAAAUAGAAGUGAAAAGGUCCUCUGAGGAUUGGAUCAUGCAUGCGCCAUUUUCUACUUACUGCAGCUGUUAAUUUGGCAAAGCUCUAAAAUGCACUGCUGCCAUCUAGUGAUACAUUUUUGUAAAGUACAGCAAAACCUACAGAUAAAUACAGUAUAUAAAUAUAUAUAUUUAUAUUUUUGGGUGUGGGGGAAAUACAAAAUAAAAUAAAUGCUUGUUUCAGUUUCAAGCUGCUGAUAUUCAUUCCUUAUCGUAUGUUGUCAGAUGAGGAAAUUGUGCAGUUCUGGUACAAAAGAUGAGUAAUAUAAACAAAUCUAUAAUUUUAAGGGCUUAACCUAUGAUUCUAAUAAGAAGCUGGAAUAGUCCACUGAAUGGCUAUAACGAAUUGCAGUAUAUAUGUAUGAUUGCUUUUUAAGUGAUUAUUUUUUCGUUUGUUAAAUCAUGUAAAUUCUUAAAUCCUUUUGCACUGAUGUGUUGAACGUUAUUGUACAUUCAAUUAAGGCAAACUUUUAUAAUUUACCUUUAGUUUUCAAUGGCCUUGAAAUGUUCUAGCAUGGUAUUCUAUACAACUAGUUAUACUUUGGGGUUGACACUGUAUUUUUUCACAUUGAUUUAAUGGUUGAGUGUAGAUUUUCUCACCCGUCAGGGUUGUUGGUAUGUAACUGUAGAUGCAUGUACUCAUGUUUUGUGUAAUCGUUGAUGUGCAAUGAUGUAUAGAAAAGUGUACUCACCAGUUUUUAAAAAUAAAACAUUGAUAAAAGA